AUGGUUGAUCGUGUGCAAAAGUUGACGGAUUUGAAGAAAUUGACUAUCGAGAAUCAAAAGCUUAUUGAAGAAACGCUUACACUAGCGUGGAAGAAUCGAACUUCACUUGAGAUUAGCGCCGAAGUAUAUUGGACGAAAUUACAAGUGGAGAAUCAGAAGCUUAUUGAAGAAGUGCUUACACUGACGAGGAAGAAUAACGCUGCACUUGAGAUACAAUCCGAAUUGUAUAAAAAGGUAAAUGAGUUACGCAUAAAGUAG